AAGAUGAACAAGAAGGGUGAUCAUUGCGUGUGUAUCUUAAUUACCUGCAGCCCUCCCUCCCCCUAAGAUUCUUGUCCUUAAAGAUCGCACCCUAGAGCUGCAGAGUUGAAAUCCAAAUUGAAUUCCCACAAACCACAGCUACUGCAGCAGAGUACAGCAUCAGAGGGGUUGAAAAGUGUUCACCUCCCACAGAGUCAAAACAUCACACAAUGUCGAAGCAAAUACAGCAGGGCCCAGAAUCAAUCUAUGACUUCACCGUUAAGGUCUGUUUCUUCCUUGUAUCUAAAAUUGAUUAUUUCAUUUGAUGUGGGUUUGAGUUAUUUUCCUGUUUUCCCUUUGUUUGUUCUUCGAUAUGAGGUCCACUGUCAAGGUCUUGAAUGCCUUUUGACAUGGAUGAUGGUUUCACACCCAUCCGCGAAGUGGGUUUCUUCUCUUUCUGUGACUGACUGAAGAAGGGUUUCUUGGGUUCAUGUUUCAUGCUGUGUAUGUAACAUUGCAAGAGUAUUCUAGCUGAAUAUUUCUCUUUGGAAUCACAUGUAUCGAUCUAUUUUCUAUUGUGUUUUCUUUUGCUUGCAGGAUGCUGAGGGAAAGAGUGUGAAUCUGAGCAUUUACAAGGGGAAAGUCCUACUGAUUGUCAAUGUUGCCUCCAAAUGUGGAUUAACCAACUCAAAUUACACAGAGCUGAAUCAGUUAUACGAGAAGUACAAAGAUCAAGGCCUAGAGAUAUUGGCAUUUCCAUGCAAUCAAUUUGGAGAGGAGGAACCGGGAAGUAAUGAACAGAUCUUAGAGUUUGUGUGCACUCGCUUCAAAUCAGAAUUCCCGGUCUUUGACAAGAUUGACGUAAAUGGCGAAAAUGCUGCUCCACUGUACAAGUUCUUAAAGUCAGGAAAAUGGGGAAUCUUUGGGGAUGAUAUCCAGUGGAACUUUGGCAAAUUCCUGGUUGACAAAAAUGGGAAAAUUGUUGAUCGUUAUUACCCAACAACUUCCCCUCUCACCGUUGAGAAUGAUGUAAAGAAGUUGUUGGAGGUGUCUUAAAUUCUGAGAAAUGAAGAGCUUAUUAGUAUCAUAGCAGAUAUCAAGCUCCUCAUGUUUGCUUACCCUGUUUGUGUGUGCACCUGACCCUUGGACGAAGUUGAACUUGGAUGAUAUUAUGUUUAAAGAUGACUCCCUUUGUUUCUCUGGUGUAAUCAAAUCAUCCGUUUUUUUUCCCUUUUGGUUUUCUCAAGAAACUGAAACAGAAUUAUGUUCAUACUUAUGAUCCUGUUCAGUAUUUGGGUUUUCAAUGGAUUCUCCAACAAUCAUCUGAA